AAUUUGUUCAAGGCGUAUCUGUUAGCAGCGAUAGUCUGUAGCGAGUCGAGAGCGAGCACUGAAAUAGAUGCACCACAUGGCGGGGAUCUUCGACUAUGUGUGCGAGAACUUUUUACUGGUUUGCGUACUGGGAAAAAGAUAGUGGCAGUGUGUGAACGAGAGUGCGAAGAGUCAUAGGGAAGAUUUUUAGUUAAAAUUGGAUCGACUCGAUGAAUGAUCAUCGUGUCUUUUUCGAAAAAAAUAAAAGGAAAAAAUGGAUAAUAACAAUCAUAAAGAAAAGACAAAGUUUGACAGUGAACAAUGAACAUUUGAAAAGAAUCUCGUGACGAAGUUUGUUAUAAUCAUAAUUCGUUUGAAUACUUGUGACGGCUAAUCUUCGAGAAGAAAGACUCUAUGUUAAAAAUUCUAUCGAAGAAGAGAUCGAUAUAAAAAGAGAAAGAGAGAGAGAGAGAGAGAGAGAGAGAGAGAGAGAGAGAGAGAGAGAGAGAGAGAGAGAGAGAGAAAAAGAGAGACAGAGAAAUAUAAAAGAAAAACUAAAGCGAAGAUUAUAUAGAAUAAUAAAAAAACACAUGCGUGAUUCUUUUGAUUGGACACCAUAGGAGAGAGGAAAGUGAAAAGAUCGAGUCGAGUCAAUUGUCGAACGUUGUUCACUCUCGACGCCUCGAUGAAGAUUCACGAUCUUCUGGUGAGCUAACAUUCUAAAAAUACGGUGUAAGCUUCGUGAUCCUACAGUGGAAAUCUCCGAGCAUCGAGGAAAUUUCGCGGGGACGAUGCUAGUAGUUGGUUGAUAAUACGCACUUAAUAUCUCAAUAGCAAUUUGGAAAAAAUUAUAAUUCGAUUGAAAUGAAAUGGAUAGUGUAGUUCUUCGGUGAUAAACAAUUAAAACGAUUUUUACGGGAGAGAGAGAAAAAGAGAGAAGGAGAGAGAGAGAAAGAGAGAGAACAGAUUCAAAAAAAGCUCUUGAGGCGAUGCUCGUUCGUCUCACGAAAAUCCAACUACACCGGUUAAUCCGGCGUUAUCGAAAACGGUGAGAUUUCUCACGAUUGUGAUCGAUAACGAAGCCCCAAUGGCUACCUGCCAUCCUAGACCACUGAUGCAGCAUCUGCAACUGCAGGAACAAACUCAGGUUGGACUGGGUACUAUCAAUGGAGUCGGUAGUCAAGGACAAAAAGUGCUCCAGCAAACCCAUUAUCAGCCUCACUUGUUGAAUUGGGUAUAUUUGGCAAUUACCGAUCAAAACUCGGCGCAACUUUCCGAUCAGAAAAAGCUUCUGCCUGCGAUUUGGAGCAAUUACACAACGGCAAACUCUCAAACCUAUCUACAUCAGAACACUUUGAAUGCUUCCGGAGCAAUAGGUGCCAGUCUAGCUGAUAGUAUCGGUGAUCUCGCUGAACAUUUUACCGAAUUGGAUCUGUUAGAUAGAAAACCAAUGAAGAGGCCACCGUCUACGUACUUGUGUCAUUUAUGCUUCAAAAAGGGUCAUUAUAUCAAGGAUUGCCCGCAGGCUCGUCCAAAAGGCGAAGGUCUUACACCUUAUCAAGGUAAAAAAAGAUGUUUCGGAGAAUACAAAUGUCCGAAAUGCAAACGUAAAUGGAUGUCAGGCAAUAGUUGGGCUAAUAUGGGUCAAGAAUGCAUGAAGUGUCAUAUUAACGUGUAUCCUCAUAAACAGAGACCAUUAGAACAACCCGACGGCUUAGACGUGUCCGAUCAGAGUAAAGAACAUCCUCAACACCUCUGUGAGAAAUGUAAAAUUCUGGGCUAUUACUGCAGACGUAGUCAAUAACAACGAAAAAUAUAUAAACGCUUUUUCUAAGACUAUUCUAAAACCAUCAUUUAAAAUACUAUGUUAACGUGCCGUUGCUAAUAAAUUUUUUUCUACGUUCUAUGCAUAUACUCUCGGAUGUGUAAGAACGCAUG